AUGGACCCGUCACUCUCCGACGAGAACCCAGAUUACAAGCAGCCGGGCGACCAUAACCUAACCUCUGGAGACGUUGAAAACGAAACACUUGGUGAUGACUAUUGCUCAGAUUUUGUGAACAGUCAUUAUUGGCCCGUGCUAGAUUUCCCUCCUUUGACCAACGGAUCUACCAGAGGCACAAACGAUGAUAGCUUUCCACAGGAACACCAGGCGGAUGACAUAUAUGAACAUCCUCUUCACAUUGAAGCCGGCGAUACCGGGCUCCCAAGUGAUGGAAUUAAUUUGCGCGGUGUCUCUACAUGGAAUACAUGGAGAGAUUUGACAACAGUUUCCGUGCGCGCUGGGAGUUCUGGCGACUUAAUUGAGGAGUGCAAUCAAUUAAGCGAGACCGCCCCAUCUCCCCCUUGGAAUCAGCUUGGAAUAACGUCGGCGACUAACAUGGCCUUGCCACAACCCGUUCAACUCCUCCCGAGCCUUCCUAGGCAUAAUCCAACACUUUAUGCAGAAGGAACGGUAAACAGACAUUCUUGGCAAGGCCAAGUUAGACAAUUGGAGACGGCUGAGGAAGAUAAUACCUUUUUUGUCCAGCUCGCAGCCAAUAUUGGACCUUCUAUGGUUCUUCCAACUGUACGACUCAAGCCGAAAGCCGAGGCCAUUCAUUCUCUUAGCAAGCCAUUUGAGUCAGAAGAGACAACUAUUUACGUGCGGGACGAAAUUAAAAAAAUAACAGUUGUGUGGAAUGAGUGGCUCGAUGAAGUUGCUGACGACCAACAUAUUAAAUCAUGCAAGCUUGUGUUCGGCGGUUCCCAUGGCUGGGCUCUUCAAGCCCUAGAUAUGGUUUGUAGUUUUGCAAGCACGGCACUACAUAUACCAUCUAUCGGAGACGAAGAUAAAGUAAACAACCCAAAUAUGAUGCUGCACUGCUCGGUGCGGCUGUUUUUUGCGAUCUAUCUGAUGUCGACGCCGUUGGAAGUGAGUGGGAUGGGUAUUGAAAGCGAAAAGGAGCGUAUCGAAGUGGAGUACCAAUUCAAGUCCAAGGCACGCAGCGUCCUGGAGAACUUGAUUAGCAAAAUAUCCAAGAACUUGGAUAAUCUAAUAUGCAAGAAGCGAAGACAGUAUAUUGGACAUAUCCUAGCCACUCUUGUCUUCUUGUCACUUUCCUGCCACUUCAACCAAUUAAUUCGCUUGAGACUGGCCGGCAUUGGUGGGAAUGAAUCUUCAACCAAAGUAGAUAUUGAUGCCAUGAACAGAAAUAUUCACUACAUCAAUAAAUUGGUUUAUUCCACCUUUCGACCACAGAUUGAGAGGAUACUCAAGCCGCGGAAGCAGGACCCUCAUACCCCAGGGGAUAACAAUCAAGACCAACUAAGCACCUCGACUGAGGAGCUUCGGCAGGUUAACUCAAAGUUGAUAUGGGGCUUAUGGUCCACUGUUACUGACAUCAGUGAGUAUACCUUCUUUCUCAAGUAG